AUGGACGCCCAUUUGUGUGCCGUCGUCACGGCUACUGAUGCAUCCGCAACCAGUCAACAGCCAGCCAGUCUGGCCGAGUCUCUUGUCACCUCGGCCUCGACAGGAGCUGUGACCGCGGUUGCCGGGCCAGUUGAACGUUGUCGACGCGGUCGUCAAGCGCUCACCGCUCUCUAUCCAUCAUCACCGUCGGCAUCCACUCUGUCGUCACGAUCCCCGUCUGGAUCGCUGGCCUCAGGCUCCCAACUUCUCUCAGACGUCCACUACCGUUCACGCUCUCCUUCUCCCGCCUCGGUCUCCACCACCUACUCAGUUUCACCCUCCUCGUUGGCCUCUUUGUCCUUGUCCUUGUCCAGUCCCCCAGUCUCCGAGCAGACCAAAGCUUCUGUGCAAUGGCUGCAACCGGGUGUGCUUUCAUCGGUACCGUCGGACACAAAGCAUCUGUACCAUCAGCACUGGCCUUCAGAGACGCCGAUUCCCAGUCCCCUUGACACGCCCAGACCGGGCGCCUGGUCCUGUUGGCGCCGGAUGGGAUUGCCCGGUUCCCAAGUGCCGCGUGUUCUGAUUGGUGAGUCGGCGUCCAAAAAGCCCAAACAACUGACCAGCUUCGGUCAGGAUGAGCGGAUUGCAGACGCCUUGGAGACGGUUGGGUCGAGAAACAUGCACUUCACGUGUGCAGGUUGUAAGAGUUGCCUCGGCUGCCAGACUAUGGAGCAGGGCAGCUGGACGACCGAAGAAAAUGGCGCUUGGACGCAGACUGUGACGGAGAAAGCGGCCAACGGUGAAGGACUCAAGAGACCCGGAGGACCCGGAGGACCAAUGGUGACUGUGGGUGAUGAGCCGAUGAGACAACAGCAACGAUCGCUUCCUCUUCAUUCGGCCAUCUUGUUGGCGCUCGAUGACUCGGUUGAGGUGAGUUUAGAGCUGAGCGGAAGUUUGGAAUUCUUGUCGUGA